AUAUCAUCCCUGCCACACCCCUCCAACGGCACGAGCGACGACCCAUCGGACGGCAACGCGGGGCAGAUUAUUACAGCACCACCCUCCCGCUCCCCUUCUCCAGAUACUCUCAGUUUCCGCAGCGGCACUCGAAAGCUUGCUUCAACUCGAAAGCGGGUCUCGAAGAAGGCGCGCGGCGUCCUAGGCAAGGUUCGUGCCUUCCAAAGGAUCGCUGCGGCCAAGAUGGCGCAUCCCACCAUCAAGAUCGAUACGAGUGUCCAGGCGACUAAGCGUGCUCUCCCGGAAGAUACUGAAGGUGGUUUCGACGUUGUGUCCGGUUCCGAGUUAGAUGAUCCCGGCCUGGAAGCUGGAGAUAAUGAACUCGUUCCCCCGUUUCUGUGCCAAUCUGCCAUCGAGAUACACCGGAAAUUUGAGGAAUUGGAAUGGCUACAACGGGCGCGCUUCGCCGAGGGGAUGCUGUCGAAUGACCCCGCCCACCGUUGGGCUUUGGAGGCGGAUCCCGAGGUCAGGGCUCGAAACCGAUAUCUGAACGUGCAGGCAUGGGCAAACUCGCGCAUCCAUCUCCGGGUGCCGGAAGGCGAAUGCGAUUUCAUCAAUGCAUCGCCCAUCGUCCUUACUGAUUCAGUGUCUCAGGAGGAGAGGAGGUAUAUUGCAACACAGGGACCGAAAGUAGGCCACCUUGCUCAUUUCUGGCAUAUGGUAUUCCACGAAAGCAACGAUGUUGCUGUCAUCGUCAUGCUCACGCAGACGGUCGAGUCGGGCCGCGAGAAAUGUGCGCAAUACUUUCCCCUAGACCAUGACCGGCCUUCCAUGAUUCUGCGGCGCGACGAGGACGACCCUUUCGAACACAACGAGGAGUACGAACAAGCGAAUGACAACAUAAUGGGCGAAGUCACUCUAUUGGAAUCGAGCUUUGACCAAUACUCUCGCUCUGAGGUUCGCAAACUGCGACUCACAUUGGCCAACGAGUCAAAGAUUGUCUGGCAUUUCCUUUUUGCUGGCUGGGCGGAUUACUCUAAGCCAGAAGGUGAGGACCGCGAAGCGCUGCUUCACUUGAUUGAACUCUCCGCGUCCAAAUGUCCAUCGGAUAACCCACGGAUCGUGCAUUGCAGCGCUGGUGUUGGUCGCACCGGCACUUUCAUCGCAUUAGACCAUCUUUUGCGGGAACUCGACUCGGGGCAGCUGCUCAAGGUGACCGACCCGCAAACCGAUCCUGUUUUUGAAACGGUCAACCGAAUGCGAGAACAGCGGAUGAUGAUGGUCUAUAAUGAAAUGCAACUACAGUUCAUCUAUGAAGUGCUCCGCGAGCAGGUCGACCUUAAACUUGGAAAGACGACGAGCUACGCAGGGCGGAGAUUAGACGAGAGAUCUGCGAAGAUGGCCAAGCUAUCGAACAGUUCCGAGUAUCUGCCUUCCCAUAAACCAGAGCUGGAGCCAGUCAAUGAUAGUCCCUCGCCAUGA